AUGGUCGCCGACUCGCUGCCGCAUAUACAGCCUUUGACGUCGAUUUCGGAGGUGUCUGAGCCACCGGAGUCUCUGUCACCGUUCCUGGACGUGAGCGCUGUGGAUGCGGAGCCGAUCGAGAUGGAGAACGAGAUUGAUGCUUUGCGCCUUCUAUUUGGGGGUUUGGCGGUGGCGGGGGGCGGAGAUGGAGGAGAUGGUGGUGGUGGUGGUGGUAGUCGUGAGCUGUGUUGUAGUGUUGUGGUGGUGGGGGGUUUGGCGAUGGCUGGGAGCGGUUUUGUGGUGAUGACGGUUGCUGGACGUUAUGUUAAGUUGGUGUAUUGUUUUGUGUGCGGUGGGCGUGGUCGAAUCUGA